AUGUGUUUGGUUACAGUGAUGCUUUUCUGCUGCAAAAGACCGAAAACCGGUCCGUUUUGCGAACCGGGAAGGAUCGUGCGUAGUAGAAAGUCACGCACUCCUCACAAGACGUUAGAAAACUCGGAAGUUCACCUGUGCGCUGGUCCGCAUCCAUUUCUUCCACCUUCUUUGCAUGAGGUAGCAUCCGUUACUGGGCCUACGCGGGUCGAUCACAUUGAUUCCACACGACACAAUACAUCCUCUGCUGCUCCUGAGUCCGUUGUACUUUUGAUGCGACAGGAAAGUGCCUCCCAUCGAGACUGUGAGCUUCCUCCGGUCCCCCCUGGUGGAGAGAUCAAACAACAAUCGCGUUACUCGAUCUGUGAUGAUUUACCAUCUGAGUCGGAUGGUCUGUAUGCAAGUGUCGGCCAUUCUGGCAACGUGCGUUCGGGCCUGCAAUGCGAGGAACGUUCAAUCAACGCUGCUGCUGCUGCAUCCUCAGGCCAAUUGAUUUGUGCGGGACAGCGAGACAGCGUCGCGGACUCAGCCAAUGCGCCCUACUAUUCUAGUGUGGCCAGCGUGCUGGCACCGAACUACUAUGGAGAGCUGCCUGAACCCGGUUCCUUGCGGCCAUACGAUUCUUCAACUCCAUUGGGGAGUUCUCAACAUGAGAAUUUGUACGCUCGUGUUAGGCCUUGCGUUGGACGAUCCGGGCAUUCACAGCCACAGACAAGUGUGGAGACGCCAUGCUUAACAGACACUGGUGACGCGCUUUCUUCCCCUUCGCAUGCUAGCGACAGUCCUCCGCUGCCAGAGCGCGCCUAUGGACAGAGCGCUAUCGAACUGGUCGACCAUACUCGCGCAUCCAAUCUUCAUUUCCUUCCGACUAGUGUCAGCAGCACAUCUUCCGCUUAUCCCGCAUCACCGCAGUUGGGUAGGUUAUGCUCGUGUUUUCUACAUCCCUGA